AUGAUUCGACGCGCAUCCGUUGCGCUUGGCUUUGGAGACCUGGGAAGGGAAGAGAGAGGGAAUGAGGGAAUGAGAGGGAAUGAGAGGGAAGAAGGGGAGGGGGGAGCACAAGGGAGGCGGUGCGCAGGCUCCUGCACAAUGUCCAUCACCCGAAGAACCACCAGGGCUCUUUUAUCUCCUGCUCUUGUCCUACUCGGCACAGCAAGGCCGGUUCCUUCUAGGCAUACUUGCAUGCACGUACAUGUACUGUACAUCUACCAAUGCACGGUUAGUACUGAUCACUCGACGAGUACAAGCUAUGGGCCGACAAGGAAGAAAGGGGGGGGGGGGGGGGGGAAGGGUUGUUGGUUGUUUGGCAGCCCGAAGGUCAAGAAAUGA